GAUGUCCUCAGACUCCUAUCCAAAUUGGCUCCGCUUCCACAUUGGGAUCAACCGGUAUGAGCUUUACUCCAGGCACAACCCGGUCAUAGAUGCAAUGCUGAAGGAUCUGGUGUCGCAGAGAAUUACCAGCGUUGCGAUGAAAUCUGGAGGCACGCAGCUGAAGCUCAUCAUGACAUUCCAGAACUAUGGCCAAGCGCUCUUCAAGCCCAUGAAAGGGAUAUCACUGCCUUCAAUGACCAUCCCCUCUGGAGAGGUUUUUUCUUCAGCGUCCCACUCGUCCGCGUCUCGCUGUCUUUCUGCCCUCACGCUGCGCUCUGGCCUCGGAUCCUGUCCAUUAAGCUGUUUCCAGCAGCUCUGUAAUAUGAAGGAAUGGAGUGCCCUCGGCACCCUGACAUUCUGACUGUGUCAUCAUUAACCUGCCCGUCUGUGUAUCUGCCCUCCGCGGGGCUUGCGUUUGCUGCAUGGCUGAGGCGAGCGCUGGAAUG